AUGCUGCUCCGAGACAACGGUGUCCUCCGCACCGUCUUCAUGGCCGUAGCCUCCGUGUUCGGCUACGCCAUCUUAAUCUUCCUGCAGUACGGUCUCCUGGCACUCCUGGCGUUCCGCAGGGCCGCCAAGAAGAUGAAGCACAAGCUGACGUUUCCGCACCUCAACAGUGGUACGGGUUACUCGGGACUGUUGACGCUCAGGGAGUGCGUGCGGCACGUGAAACAAGUGCCCAAGGACGCCGGGAUGGCCGUUCUCGAGGAGACGGUGGACCUCCACGCCGUCGCCAGGUUCAUCCUAUGGUGCAUGGCGGUGGGCAUCAAGACUCUCGCGGUGUACGACAUCAACGGAAGCGUGUUGGAAAAGGUCGAGCAGUUCAAGACGGUCAUGAAGGACGCUCUUCAAGAUGCCCGCUGUCCCAAGGAUGCCGUGCAGUUCGUCCAAAACAGUGAUGACGCUAAGAACAUAAACGGCACAGCCGAGGUCAAACUGUACGUCAUCGGUCCCGAAGCAGGCAGGGCUGGUCUAGCCACCGCGCUCGGAACACUCUGCGAGGACUACAAGCGCGGACUGCUCAAGGACGAAGACGUCACCCAGGACACCGUCGACAAGUACAUCAAGAGUUUUUACAAAGAAACCGAUUGGCGCGAUGAUUCCGGCGUCUGUCUGUCUCUCAACAGGGAUCUGGGAUACCACAGGGACGUGCUGCCUUCGGAGUUCGUCGAAGUCCUCGAAAUAUACAGCAAGAUUGAAAAGCGAUAUGGCAAGUGA